AUGCCAACCGAUCUAGAACAGCUCGUUGACAUGGGCUUUGACCCAGACAGAGCGAAGAUUGCAGUUUCACAAAGUGGCGGACUUCAAGGCGCACUUGAAUGGCUCGAGACCAACCAAGACAAAUCGCUCGAAGAAAUACAGUCGGCAGUCGCCCAAGACCAAGAUGAUGGAGGGGAACCUCUAAAGCCGGGCGAGGAAGCGAGGAGCUUGGUUUGUAACGAUUGCGGUAAAAGAUUCCGUAGCCAAGCGCAGGCCGAAUAUCACGCCUCAAAAACAGAGCAUGUUGAUUUCUCGGAGUCCACGGAGGAACUUGCCCCCUUGACGGAAGCAGAGAAGGCUGCGAAGCUCACGGAACUUCGAGAGCGACUGGCUGAAAAGCGUGCGAAGGUAUCCGAGCAGGACAAAGCCGAUAAAAAAAGAAACGAGGAAAUACGGCGGAAAAACACGAAGGAGUCUCAGGACAUUAAAGAGGAGUUACAGAAAAAGGAACAACUAAAGGAAGCAGCCAAAAAGCGUCGCGAGAAACAGGAGGAAAUAGAUGCCAAAGCAAGAAUCAGAGCUAAAAUAGAGGCAGACAAGGCGGAAAGAAAAGCCAAAGCAGAAAAGGAAAAGGCGGAGCGAGAAGGUCGGUCUACGGCGGCUUCAGUUCCUAUUCCGGCCGCCGCCCCAGCUGCUCCCAAAGCCGCAUCGUCAUACACAGAAACUAGAUUGCGACUUCAGACAGCAUCUGGAAAUGUGAUGAAGGCCUUCCCUGUUGAGACAACGCUCUUUGAAGUAGCCACCUACCUCAAUCAGGAGAAUGGCCUGAACGUCCAGAGCUUCACUCAAACUUUCCCUAAAAAAAUUUUUGAUAGUGGAUACUUUGGAGAAACGUUGAAGGAGCUUGGUUUGGUCCCCAGUGCCAGCUUAAUUGUAAAUUAG